AUGCUGAGUAACUCCAAUCCCCGGCGAAAGGGCGUCCGAAAGGGAACUCGAAGCUGCUGGGAGUGCAGGCGCCGCAAAGUCAAGUGUCUCCCAUCUCCGGACGAUAUCUCGAUUUGUGCGGGCUGUCGAGAACGAGACACCAAGUGCCUCAGCCAACACGAAUAUGUGGAUGAUCCUUCGCCGCAACCCGGGGACGAUCCGACCCUGGCUCAGCGCGUGGCAAGAGUAGAGUCGUUACUGGAGACUCUGGUGAAUCGGAUCAUGCAGGGCCAAGCUGGUGAAUCGACUUCCGCAUCCAUGGUGGCAACGACCGACGUGGCUCAUAGGUCGCUGCCCGACUCAUCAAGGUCGAAAGGGCCUGGGGUGCAGGCCGAAGAUACCGACGCAACGACGGAAAGGCUCGAUUCCCUGCGCCAACGGCUGGCUGCGAUGCUGCCUUGUCAAGCGGAUGUGGACUUUUUAUUCGCUUCGAGUCACGGGUGGUGGCUUCUGCAGCAACACAUGAUGCCGCAAUUACCAGACAUAACGAAAGUCACACACCGGCCGUUCAAUGUCUCAACUGUCUGUAAAGGACACCCGCUCCAACUCGCGAGACUGCUGCUCUGUCUCGCGAUCUGCAUUCAACAGCUCCCACCUCAGAUGGAUACGCGAGUACUUCAGACCGCAGUACCAGUUCGCGAGAUUGAAAGCGGGAUAAUCGAGUUCAUUACCAAGAAGGUCACCUCUGACGAUGAACUCACUGUGAGUAUGGAGGGUGUCGAAUGUCUCGCACUCCUUGGAAUGUACGCCGUUAAUGCUGGCAACCUUCGACGAUCGUGGCUUUUGUUCCGAAAAGCCAUCACGGUCGGUCAGUGCUUGGGCAUACACCGAAUGGCGCUCUCUGCGCCACAGGAUACAAUGGAAGCUAGACGCCAUCAUCUGUGGUAUCAAAUAGCCCGAGGAGAACGGUACCUGUCAACUAUCCUCGGCCUCCCAUCAAGUACAACCUCAGCGGUCUUUACUUUAGACAACAACCCUCCGUGCGCCUCACCGGAAGAUCUCUAUCACAAGAAACUAUACCAUAUCUCUGGCCUUAUCCUUGAUCGAAACCAAGCAGACAGCAUGCACUCCUUCUCCACAACUCUAAGAAUCAGCGAGCAACUUGAUUCCUUUGCCGCGCAAAUGCCACCAGCCUGGUGGGAGAUACCAACCACCAUAGCAACCACUCGCACAAGGGAGUCUUCGGCCGAAUUCGAGCGAAUCAUGUGCCAAAUCUGGCACUUUGAACUCGUAACACUUCUUCAUCUACCAUUCAUGUUGCGUGCGACCAACGAGCGAGGAUUCGAGUACUCGCGCAAUAAAUGUCUCAACGCAGCCAGGAAUCUAGUAAAACGAUGGGUUUCAAUUCGCGAGAGCCACACUAGUCUUCUGUUCUCCAAUCUGCUAGAGUUUCAGGCUUUCACGGCGGCUAUUACGCUGCUCCUUGGACUCCUAGCUGGCGAAAGAAGAGCGCGCCCGACCAUCACACAAGAGCGGAAUGAUGAUUCUCAGCUUGUGGAGCGGGUUGUGGCGAAUUUUGAAAAGCGCACGCGAUGGCAUCCUGCUAGUAGUAGUAGUGGUAGUAGUACUGCAAAUCCUGUCAGUUCGCAGAGCAUCCAAGUCAUCCGCACGCUGCAAAGAUUUUUGCAGCCGGGUGACCCAUCGGAUAGACUGCGCCUUGAGAUCCCAUUCUUUGGGGUUAUCAGGGUUGCGCGCAGUGGUGCUGCCGUGCAGGCGAUUCAGGGCGAGCGGCUUUUGGGGGCGACCUCGGGGCAUGAUACGGUCCUUCGACAUACACCUGCACCACCGACUAUGACGUCCGCUGAGACGGCGACCGUUGUGGAUUCGGCCUCGGUUCGCCGUUCAAGAAAACGGACACAGCAGGAGAUGGUUGGGGAUGAGGAAGAGGGCUAUACUGAUAAUAGUCUUGGAGGAGAGGAACCGCUUCUGCAUAUCUCCAGCAAUCAUUUCCAUCUUCCUCCAGCACCAGACAGUCUGAGUGGCGGUCCGGAUACCGAUGAAUGGGACUUUCGCGAAAGUGACAUGGUUUUCUUUGACAGCUUGGUCAACUCGGAUUUGGCGGGCGAUUGGACGCUGUAACUAAACUCGGAAGAGUGAAGAUUGAUAACUUGAAACCAUGACUUGAGUUGUGCGCAACCCUGGUGUGUGCUCUGUAUUUUAUUCUAUGGAAUAGCAUAAAAUAAGUCAAAAAGGGAG